GUUUUAUAUCAUUAUUUAAUAAUGAUAGCAAUUUAACAAGAUAUAAUAUAAAUAUAUGUAUAUAUAUACUGGUUUCUAUUUGUUUUUUUAAUAGUUAGUUAGACUAAGAUAUGUUUCACCCUGCAUUUUGACGUUAGUUUAACAUUUAAAACGUUUUAAUUAAGUUGUUGCGUGUUAGCCUACACUGCAUGCAAAUUUUGAAUAAUACAUACUUGUUUAAGUUGCAGUUUCUGCGAAGACUAAACUAACAGUGCGCACAGGUACCAAGGGCAGGUAACAGAAAAAGUGUCUCAAUAUGGGCGACAACCCUGACUUUGAUGAUGAAGAAAUUAAAGAAGAGAAAACUUGUCUGGAUCUGGGAAAAACGAACCCUUCCAAAUCCGUGGACUUGGAGGAACAAAUCGAAUGCACGAGCAUCCCGAAUGUGAACAAGGACAAUACAACUACUACGCAUUUAUACAAAAGGAGAUGGGUGAUGGUGUUCCUUUUCAGCUCUUAUUCCCUGUGCAACGCAUUUCAAUGGAUCCAAUACGGAAUAAUUAACAAUAUUUUUAUGAAAUUCUACAAUGUGGACUCUUUUGCCAUCGACUGGAUGUCAAUGAUCUAUAUGUUGACAUAUAUUCCCUUUAUAUGGCCUGUCUCCUGGCUUUUAGACAAAAAAGGACUGCGGCUCAUAGCACUGAUGGCCACCGCCAUUAAUUGCCUUGGGACAUGGAUCAAGGUGGCCAGCGUCAAGCAAAACCUAUUUUGGGUGACCAUGCUUGGACAAUUCGCAGGCUCCCUAUCACAGGUAUUCAUCCUUGGGAUGCCUUCCCGCCUAGCAUCGGUUUGGUUUGGCUCUGAAGAGGUGUCCACCGCCUGUUCCAUCGGCGUAUUUGGGAAUCAGAUGGGCAUUGCCAUUGGCUUUCUGGUGCCGCCCAUCCUCGUGCCAAAUGUUGAUGAUAUGGACGAUCUGGCAUACCACAUCAGCAUCAUGUUCUACAUCACUGCUGGAAUGGCCACCGUGAUCUUCAUCCUCGUAGUCUUCCUGUUUCAAGAGAAGCCGGAAAUCCCUCCCACCCUGGCUCAGGUCCAGGCCAGGAGCACCCCUCCAGAAGAGUACUCCUACAUGGCCUCUAUCCUGAGACUGCUGCGUAACUUACCCUUCAUGCUCCUUGUUAUCAGCUAUGGGCUGAAUGUCGGUUGUUUCUAUGCUGUUUCCACACUGCUGAACCGGAUGAUUAUUGAGCAUUAUCCAGGUGAAGAGGUGAAUGCUGGGAGAAUUGGCCUCACCAUUGUCAUUGCUGGGAUGGUGGGGUCCCUCAUAUGUGGGAUCUGGUUGGACAAGACCAAAACCUACAAACAGACUACCCUGGCUGUGUAUCUCAUGUCCUUCGUGGGAAUGGUGGUCUAUGCCUUCACUCUGAACUUAGGCCACCUAUGGGUGGUGUUUGUGACAUCAGGGGCUCUAGGGUUCUUCAUGACUGGGUACCUGCCACUUGGCUUUGAGUUUGCUGUGGAGCUGACCUUCCCAGAGGGUGAGGGCACCUCCUCAGGCCUGCUCAACUGUUCAGCUCAGAUAUUUGGGAUCAUAUUCACCAUCGGGCAAGGGAAGAUCAUAGACCACUUUGGCACAUUCGCUGGGAACAUCUUUUUAUGUGUCUUCCUCCUCAUAGGGACCAUUAUGACAGCAUUCAUCAAGUCUGACCUCCGACGGCAAAAGGCCAACCAUCUGGCUGAGAAUCAGGUGGCGAGUAAACAGGCAGGUCACCCACAGGAAGGCCUCUCACAGCCAGCUACACUGAAGGACAUCAAAGUAUAAGGAGGAAAUCCAGUUGAACGGGUGUGAAAAGAAAGAAGUCCCAUCAUACACUUGGAAUCACACAGGUUCUCCCUCUACAGCAAAUUACUCGUCAGAAGAUAACUGGUUUGAUUAUCAAGCACAACCAAGGGUAUUUCUAUUUGUAUGUGCUGAUAAUUCAUAUUUAACUGUCACUUUUUCAGAGUACACUGUGAAUUGUUAAUAUUUUCAUUUUGGUUUCUCUAGCUUUAAAUGUCUCCAAUCUAAAUAUUAUAAAUGUUGAUGUCUGUGCACUUUGAUAUGAGCAAUAUUCAAACUGUGCUAUUUGUUUCCUGUUAUUUGACCAAUACCAUAAUGGAACAGAAAGUAUUCAUGUAACUGUUCUAUUUUUGGAAUUUGUUAACGUUAGUUAAAAUUAGACUACAGAUUCAGUGGUUUCAGUUGAGUGGAAGUCUGUUCAGAGGGCCGAGCCGAUCCAGUCAAGCCAACUCACGUAGUGGCUUAACAGGAUUUUGAGAUUGCUAUCUGCCAUAUAGGAUUACAAGGAGAUAAUUGUGAGUAAAUCAAAUCAAAUUUGAUUUGUCACAUGCGCCGUAUACAACAGGUAGACUAGGUAGACCUUACAGUGAAAUGCUAACUUACAAGACCUUAACCAACAAUGCAGUUUUAAGAAAAAGACAUGUUAAGUAAAAAAUAGAUAAGUAUAAAAUAAUUAAUAAAAGUAACAAAUACUGCUGAUAAUGGUGAAUAUGUUUGAUACUGUGCAUCUGAGUAUGUCUCAUAAGGACUCAACCUCUUUAACCACAUUCUUAGAACUUUAGGACUAUUCUAUUUAAUAUUUAGCUGCAUUGACUUGUUAAAUAGCCUUUAAAGGAACACAAUGAUAACAGAAUGUGAGCAAAAAUCAUUAGUUUGGCGAGAGACAAUCCAAUGGACUUUUUGGAAGUAGGCUAGUGUUGUAUUUUCUAAAGUACAUUAUUAUUUUGACCUGUAGUUUUGUUACUGAGAAACCUUUUUCAUCUGCUUAUUUGACUUGAUGUGUUGCGGUUAGAAGUUGUCCAGUGAUUUUUCUUUUUUAAUGAUUGUGUAAUCUUAUAAGAAGUGUUUUUCACUCAAAUGAUACAGUAUAUUGUUUUGUAUAAUCAUUGUAUAUACAGUACCAGUCAAACGUUUGGACACACCUACUCAUUCAAGGGUUUUUCUUUAGUUUUACUAUUUUCUACAUUGUGGAAUAAUUGUGAAGACACAAAAGCUAUGAAAUAACACAUAUGGAAUCAUGUAGUAACCAAAAAAGUGUUAAACAAAUCAAAAUAUAUUUCAUAUUUGAGAUUCUUCAAAGUAGCCAUCCUUUGCCUUGAUGACAGCUUUGCACACUCUUGGCAUUCUCUCAACCAGCUUCAUGAGGUAGUCACCUGGAAUGCAUUUCAAUUAACAGGUGUGCCUACUUAAAAGUGAAUUUGUGGAAUUUCUUCCAUUCUUAAUGCGUUUGAGCCAAUCAGUUGUGUUGUGAAAAGGUAGGGGGGUAUACAGAAGAUAGCCCUAUUUGGUAAAAGAACAAGUCCAUAUUAUGGCAAGAACAGCUCAAAUAAACAAAGAGAAAUUACAGUCCAUGAUUACUUUAAGACAUGUCAGUUAAUGCGGAACAUUUCAAGAACUUUUAAAGUUUCUUCAAGUGCAGUCACAAAAACCAUCAAGCUUUAUGACGAAAUUGGUUCUCACGAGGACUGCCACAGGAAAGGAAGACCCAGAGUUACCUCUGCUGCAGAGGAUAAGUUCAUUAGAGUUACCAGCCUCAGAAAUUCCAACCGACAUGCCUUUGUGAGACGCAGAGUAGGUGAAUGGAUGAUCUCCACAUGUGAGGUUCCCACCGUGAAGCAUGGAGGUGGCGGUGUGAUGGUGCUUUGCUGGUGACACUGUCUGAUUUAUUUUGAAUUCAAGGCACACUUAACCAGCAUGGCUACCACAGCAUUCUACAGCGACACGCUAUCCCAUCUGGUUUGCACUUAGUGGGACUAUCAUUUGUUUUUCAACAGGACAAUGACCCAACACACCUCCAGGCUGCGUAAGGGCUAUUUGACCAAGAAGGAGAGUGAUGGAGUGCUGCAUCAGAUGACCUGGCUUCCACAAUCACCCGACCUCAACCAAAUUGAGAUGGUUUGGGAUGAGUUGGACCACAGAGUGAAGGAAAUGCAGCCAACAAGUGCUCAGCAUGUGGGAACUCCUUUAAGACUGUUGGAAAAGCAUUCCAGGUGAAGCUGUUUAAGAGCAUACCAAGAGUAUGCAAAGCUGUCAAGGCAAAUGGUAGAAAUCUAAAAUCUAUUUAACACUUUUGUUACAUGAUUUCAUGUGUUCUGUUAUAAUUUUGAUGUAUUCACUAUUAUUGUAAAAUGCAGAAAAUAGUAAACAUAAAGAAAAACCCUGGAAUGAGUAAGUGUCCAAACUUUUGACUGGUACUGUACAAAUGGUGAUGCAAUUUUAAAAUGCUUGUCAUACUCUAAUGAAGAACAAUCAUAGUUUUUUAAAACUGUUUGUAGACAUUGUUUGGACAAAUUCUCAGAUAUUGUGAACAAUUGCACCUGGUAAUCUGGUGAACUAAAAGUGUUUAUUUUAUUUUAUUUUUUAAUUGAGAAAAAUGCUCUGUUAUUUUAUUCAUGGACAUGUUACACCAUAUACACAAUCCAGUAACAUACAGAAAUCACAGAGCAGUUUAGAAAGCAAGACAAAAGGCCCAAUGUUGAGAUCCUCCAUUAAAGUACUGUGAAUGACAAUGUCAAAAUCCACAAGUCCCAUGCCCUAUCACACAAUCAAACCAUAAUUAAUACAUAAAUCAUCUCUACAUUUAUGCAUUAUUGCACAUCAUGAAACAUUGAUAGACAAUUGCUGUUCAAUUUUCAGUGUAAGAGUGAAACAGCUGUAGCCAUAAAAAGCAUAGUAUAUUGUAGCACAUGUACAUAUCACGUAGCACAGGAACAAGUCACCUGCAAAAUAAAUCCCACUUAUUGCAUAUCCAGUCAUAAAAAUGUCACACA